AUGGAUCCUAGCAAGCCUUCCUUCAGCGACCUUCCUGGUGAAAUGCCCCUGCAGCAGCAGGCAAGGGGCCGAGGGCUACAGCUUGGAGAGCCUUUUGUACGAGGCGGAAGAGGUGUGCAGUUCUCCACAGCAGGCCCCAGGAGGGGACGGGCCAGAAGUUUCGCCACCCAUGCCGCUGCGCCAUUAAUGGGGUUUGGGAGAGCAGUAAACCCCCUCAUGAGUGUCACUGGAUUAUGCAGAGGGAUGCCCUUGUCGGGUGACUAUGGAGGUCGUGGUCAUUCAAGAGGGCUUUUCCUUGGUUCGGCUGCAGAACCAAGGGUGGGAGUGGCAAGAGAAGCAUGCCUACCUGGUUUGGCGUCACAGCAUUGUUUGACAUCACCGGAUGAACCCUUCAAGCAAGACUUGUCAGAAGAGCUGCUGAGUAUGAAGACACAGAAUGAACGAAUCGCCAAAAAGGUUGACACACCCGCCCAAGGUCAAGGAUCCACUCUGGUGUCGAUGUUUAGGGGUAUGGGUAUCGAACCCCCACACAUGUCACGGGGACGAGGAGCACAACCAGUUGGGAAAGGGCCAGGUGAAGCAGAGUUUAAACAACAGGCUGCUUCACUGAGUGUUGUCACCAGCCAAGGGAGCGGUGGUCAACCUGAGAGAAUGGGCAGAGGCAGCAGUUUCCUUGGGCAAGGUGUGUCCUCUCAGACAUUGGUGGGGAGUGGAGGAGCCGCAUUGCCUCUGCUGGGAAUCGGUAGAGGACCCACUGUGCCUCCUGCUUCGUCCCCAGGCCCCAUCCAGUCUGUUGUUACAACAGAGUCACCGGUACCUCAUCCCCCACGGAGCUCCUACUCAGGUACUAUGCACUCUCCAUCCUCCAUUAAAAUGGCAUCAGAGUUUCCAGAAUCUACACCAUCCAACGUAACGCUUAAAAUGGAGGCAACCCUUGAGCCGAUUAAUAAGACCGGUACCAAAGGAACUCCUGUACCUAUUGGCACGAACCACGUCCCUGUUUGCUGCAAAAACGAGGCUGUUUAUCAGUACCAUGUUACGUUUACUCCAGAUGUUGAAUCAAAGGCAAUGCGGUUUGGCAUGAUGAAGGAUCACCGCUCUACCACAGGGGAAGUACUGGCUUUUGACGGCUCAAUACUUUACCUGCCUGUUCAGCUUCAAGAAAUGGUUCUGAAAAGUGAGAGACGCACCGAUGGCAAGGAAAUCAAAAUCAAAAUCCAGAUGACGAAGAUUCUGCCACCCACUUCAGAUCUGUGUAUCCCCUUCUACAAUGUGGUGCUGAGAAGGGUAAUGAAAAUUAUGGGACUUAAGCUUGUGGGACGGAAUCAUUUCAAGCCAGAAAAUGCAGUCAUUCUUGGCAAACAUUGUCUGCAGGUGUGGCCAGGCUAUUCAACCUGUAUCAAGCGCACUGAUGGAGGCCUCUACUUGUCUGUGGAUGUGGCCAGUAAAGUGUUACGAAUUGACUCAGUCCUGGAUUUAAUGAAAGGGUUGUACCAAAAGAGCAUAGAGAACUUCCAAGAUGAGUGCACCAAGGAGCUGACUGGCAGCAUUGUCAUCACCCGCUACAAUAACCACACCUAUCGUAUUGAUGACAUUGAGUGGCAUAAGUCGCCAAAAGACAGCUUCACAAUGGCUGAUGGAUCACUGACUACCUUUUUGGAAUACUAUAGCAAAAACUAUGGGAUCACAAUCAAGGAGAAGGACCAGCCCCUGCUUGUCCAUCGGCCGAAGGAGAGGUCCAAGCCUGAAGUAAAGCAAAUCUUUACAGGAGAGAUCCUUCUUGUCCCUGAGCUCUCCUUCAUGACGGGUAUCCCUGAAAAAAUGAGGACUGACUAUCGGGUCAUGAAGGAUUUGACCAUGCAUAUUAACCUGAGUCCAGAACAGCACGUCCAAUCCGUAAAGGAACUUUUAAUGGACAUUAAUACCAAACCUGAGACCCAGACCGAGCUUCGCCGAUGGGGACUAGAGAUCAGCACGGACAUCUUGAAGACUCAAGGCCGAAUUUUGCCGACGGAGACCAUUUGUCUACAGUCAACAUCCUUUGUCCCCAAUGCUGAUCUAUCCUGGUCCAGGGAGAUUUCCAAGGAUGCUUCCAUCAGUUGUAUCCCUUUGAAUGUCUGGGCCAUCUUCUAUACACGCCGCUCUGCAGAGCAGGCUGGGGAGUUGGUGUCCUCUUUGAACAAGAUAGCUGGGCCUGUGGGUAUCCAAGUACGAAGACCCAUCAAGGUGGAGCUAAGAGAUGACCACACUGAGACUUACGUCAAGAGCAUCCACUCUCAGCUCACUAGCGAGCCCAACAUGCAGCUGGUUGUGUGCAUCGUAACAGGCAACAGAAAUGACCUCUACAGUGCUAUCAAGAAGCUCUGCUGUGUCAAAAGCCCAAUCCCCUCCCAGGUCAUCAAUGUUCGAACAAUUUCUCAGCCCCAGAAAUUGAGAAGCAUUUCCCAAAAGAUCCUCUUGCAGUUAAACUGCAAAUUAGGAGGAGAGUUAUGGACUGUUAAUAUCCCUCUGAAACACUUGAUGGUGGUCGGCGUCGACGUCCACCAUGACGCCAAGAGGAAGACUCAGUCUGUUAUGGGCUUUGUCGCAAGUCUCAACAGCUCGUUGACUCAAUGGUACUCCAGAGUAAAUUUCCAGAUUGCUAAUGAAGAGAUCAUCAAUGGCUUCCAGGUGUGCCUGUUGGCCGCACUGCAGAAAUACUACGAGGUUAACCACUAUUUACCAGAGAAGAUUGUGGUGUACCGGGAUGGUGUAUCGGACGGCCAGCUGAAGAUAGUGGAGCUAUAUGAGAUUCCACAGCUUCUGAAAUGUUUUCAGACCUUUCCCAACUAUGAGCCCAAGAUGGUCUUCAUUGUGGUUCAAAAAAGCACUGGCACCAUCCUCUACUCAUUGGCUAAACAAUCCUUUGUCAAUACUCCACCUGGAACUGUUUUGGAUCACACUCUGACCAAAAGACACUGGAUGGACUUCUACCUGGUGUCGCAUUACACUCGCCAGGGCUGUGGCCUUCCUACACGCUACAUCACAGUGUAUAACACGACAAACCUUGAACCCGACCAUUUGCAAAGAUUGACCUUCAAGAUGUGCCACUUAUACUGGAACUGGCCUGGCACUAUUCGAGUUCCAGCACCAUGCAAAUAUGCCCAUAAACUGGCAUUUCUUUCUGGCCAACAUUUGCAUACUGAGCCAUCCAUCGAACUUUCAGACAAGCUACAUUUUCUGUGAAAGAGGCUCAGAAAAUAUAGCUUGUUAGAAAUACAAAUACAGAAAAUUUAGCUUGUUAAGCUUACUGUUAUGGCUGUUACUAAAAUGUUUUUCUAACAGAAAUGGGUUUUGUAUUUUUGUUUGACUUGUUAGGUUUAAGUUUUUAAACGUUAUAGAUGUUAGGCUAAUAGCUGACAGAAAUUUGAACUGGAGUUGGUCCCCGGUUAUGGCAUUAAAGCUCUAUCAUAAGUUAACCACAAAUGUCAAAAAACUUGUACUUGCAUUUUGCUACCUGUACGUGUAUGUUAACAUUUGCAAAUGUUUAAAAUACAGUUCGGAAAAAAAAUCAAAUCGUAGUUGUACAUCAUCUGUAAAUGUGUGAAACAGGU